UUUGGGAGACCUCGCCAAGAUCCGUCUUCAAUGUCUCUCUGUCUUUCUUUUACUCGCCCCUGCUUCUCUGGGGGUUUUUUUUUUUUUUUUUGGGAACCCAUGCCUCCCUGUUUAGAGAUUAAAAUAGUUAAAAUGAACACAAUAAAUGAAGAAAAACGAUAGAGUUUUUCCUUUUUUUCUUUUUUCCUGUUUGGCAAGUCUCAGAAGGGAAAGAAGUAUCAGGGUAGAGAUGAGUAAGAAAUCUGAAAUUAUCGAUUUUUUUCUUUUUCGGACGACUGAAAUUAUCAAUUAGCGCUUGAAAGAUAGAGAUAAAUUUGUUUGGUUUUUAUAUUUUAGAUUUUUUAUUUUUUUUGGUUUUUUAAUCGUAUAUGGGUCUGUUGGGUAUUCAUCUCUUCGGAAGCAGGAGUAACCGUGCUUCGAAUCCCUUUCCUCGUCUUCUGGAGCCCUAAUAAUUCACAGGAAAGUGGAAAAUUAGAGACAGUUGAAGAGAAGAGAAAGCAGGGAGGGAUCGCCAUCCUUACAGCAAGCGGUAGAACCACCCUGAAGCCUUGAAGCGGAAGAGAGAGGGAGACAGAUUUGGUUUUCUCUCUCUAGGCCACCAACUCAAACCCUAGUAGCUCUGGUUCGCAAAAGCCGUUCUCUUCUGCAGAGGCUCUCCCUCCGGACAGCCCUGCCGAAGAAAAUGAAGGGUCUUUUCAAAUCCAAGCCCCGGACACCUGUGGAAGUCGUCCGCCUGACCCGUGAGCUUCUCAUUUUUGCCGAUCGCAAUGGGAGUACCCGUGAAGAUAAGCGUCAAGAGAAGAUGGCCGAGUUAAGUAAAUUUAUCCGGGAAUUAAAGUUAAUUCUCUAUGGCAAUAGUGAAUCAGAGCCCAUUGCAGAAGCUUGUGCACAGUUGACUCAAGAGUUUUUUAGAGAGAACACACUACGACUUCUCAUUAUUUGCCUUCCAAAAUUGAGCUUGGAGAGUCGUAAAGAUGCCACUCAAGUGGUUGCGAAUUUGCAAAGGCAACAAGUCCACUCUCGGUUGAUUGCUUCUGAUUUCUUGGAAGCAAAUAAAGAUCUUUUGGAUAUUUUGGUUUCAGGUUAUGAAAACACAGACAUGGCUUUACAUUAUGGUGCAAUGUUGAGAGAAUGCAUACGGCAUCAGAGCAUUGCAAGGUAUGUUUUGGAGUCAGAUCACAUGAAGAAGUUCUUUAACUACAUACAACUUCCAAAUUUUGACAUAGCAUCGGAUGCUUCGGCAACUUUUAAGGAGCUUCUAACAAGGCACAAAUCUACUGUGGCUGAAUUUCUUACUAAGAAUUAUGACUGGUUUUUUGCGGAGUAUAAUUCAAGGCUUCUGGAGUCAACCAAUUACAUCACCAGACGACAAGCUAUCAAGCUGCUUGGAGACAUGCUGCUUGAUCGUGCCAAUUCUACUGUUAUGAUGCGAUAUGUGAGCUCAAAGGACAACUUGAGGAUCCUAAUGAAUCUUCUUAGGGAAUCAAGUAAAAAUAUCCAGUUAGAAGCAUUUCAUGUCUUCAAGCUGUUUGCUGCUAAUCAAAACAAGCCACCUGAGGUUGUCAGCAUACUAGUGGCAAAUAGAAACAAGCUCCUACGGUUCUUUAGCGACUUCAAGAUGGAAAAAGAGGAUGAACAAUUUGAGGCAGACAAAACUCAAGUUGUCAGAGAAAUUGCUUCCCUUGAACCUAGAGAUCAGCAGUAGCAGCUGUGAACGAUCAUAGUUGCUCACGAAGCUGAUGUCUGUAGUAAAGAAAUGGUGUUCGAAGAACAAGUUCAGCCAUGGCAAGCACCUCCAUCAUCGCCGCUGCAAGCCCCUCUGAUGAAAAAGACUCAGUCGUCUGUGUCUACCAUUGAAUCAGAAUCCAAGCUCAAGAAGAAAAUCUGAUAAACUAAUCGCUAAGCAUCAAAGCAUAUGAGACUAUGAGAGAUAGAGAGAUCUGAAAGCAUAUCUAGAGCUGCUACAAAACUCAUGAAGCUUUCUUCGGUUAGAGAAGAUGAUGAGGGCAGCUUCAUCAUCACAGAGAAAUGAAAGUUCUUGAGAAGUCCACUCCUUGGGCUCGCAAAUGUGACCUGGCGAUGUAUCUUGUUCUCGAUCCUCUUAAGCUCAACUCGUCCUCUCCCCAUUCUCCUCUCUUUUUCCCAUUUUUUAAUACUUGAUAUCUGUUGACAAACAGAUGUAGUCAUCAUAACCACAUUGAGGAGUGGGAAAUUCAUUACAAAGUUAUGUUUGAUCUUUAUCGUUAUCAGGAUACAACAGAGUAUGAACUAUGAAAGAUCAAUAAAUUGUGCCUAUGAGGUGUUUGAUAAAAUGCUCGAAUAUUCUAUAAUCAAGAAUGCACUUUAGCCAACCA